GAAACGAGCCAUUGAAAAAUAGAUGAAUUUUGCCGGCCGAGCGUGUGUGACUUUGUGAAAAAAAGUUAGUCGCCCUUGUCGUAGUCAUUUAAUGGAAAAUUAUGUGGCACGAGGCACGAAAGCAGGAGCGUCGCAUACGCGGCCUCAUUGUCGACUAUCGAAAGCGUGCUGAGCGCAGACAAUACUUCUAUGACAAAAUCCAAGCGGAUCCCACACAAUUUCUGCAGCUGCAUGGCAGGCGGAGUAAAAUCUAUCUGGAUCCAGCCGUGGCGGCCGCCGGAGAUGGCGACGCAAUCAUUGUUCCUUGGCAAGGACAGCAGGACAAUCUGAUCGAUCGUUUUGAUGUGCGUGCCCAUUUGGACUACAUUGCGCCCAUGGUGAAAGGCGGCACCGACUCUGGAGACACCGAUUCGGAUCUGACGGCCGAGGAACGUCAGUUAAACUAUGAGCGAUAUCGAAUAUUGGCCCAGAAUGAUUUCCUCAAUGUCAGCGAGGACAAGUUUCUGCAUCAACUGUAUCUGGAAGAGCAGUUUGGAGCGAAUGCACAGCUAGAAGCGGAGCGCAAUUUGGGAAAGAAGAAGCAAAAGAGCAGCAGUGGUGGAGCCACAAUUGGUUACUCCUAUGAUGAUGCCGGAGAGUCGACAACAGUUGCCAUUGGUCCACAGCCAUUUGGAACCGGGUCAGGCACGAGUAACCCAGCGGCUGGAGUCGGCGAUAAGGCUGAAAACUCGGAUGAGUCCGACUCGGAUAUGGACAUGGAUGUUUCCAUAGACAUUGGCAAACUGGACACGGCUCAGGCGCAUGAGCUGAAUGCCUGUGGCCGCAACUAUGGCAUGAAAAGUAAUGAUUUCUUCUCGCAUCUAACCAAAGAUGCUGACGAAGCGGAUGCGCUGCGAAUUGCACGCGAGGAGGAACAGGAAAAGAUGCUAUUAAGUGGACGCAAGUCGCGUCGGGAGCGACGGGCCCAAAAGGAGCGUCGCAUUGCAAAUCGCCCGUUCAGCCCGCCCAGCUAUGCGGCCAAAGAGGAUCAGGGCAAAAAUAAGGACAAGGACGAGGAAUCGGAAUCACGUUCACCCUCGCCAGCUGAAGGUGGCGGCGAAAAGAUUACCUAUAUUACCUCAUUUGGUGGUGAGGAUGAGAUGCAACCGCACUCAAAGAUCACUAUCAAUCUAACCAAGCCCGGCCAGACAUUGGGGGAAUCCUGCAUAAAUGCCAGCAGCGGAGCAACAGCUGCCGCUGCUUCAGCCUCUGCCUCUGUGUCCUAUGCUCAAAAGGUGAAGGACAAUUUGGACAAACUGAAGCUCAUGAACGAGACGGCGAAGCGCAGCGGAAGACGACGCUCGCACUCUGCAUCUCGCAGUCCCAGUCGACGUCGCAGCCGACGCCGCAGUUAUCAUCGUCGGAGUCGCACGCGUAGCCGAAGGAGACGGCGCUACUAUUCAAGAUCACGUUCCCGGUCUCGCUCUCGAUCCCGCUCACGAUCACGUUCAAGUUCCAGGCAACGUUACGCAUCGCGUAGUCCCAGUUAUAAGAGGUCGCGCAAGCGCUAUUCCUAUUCCUCGCGCAGUUCCAGCGCCAGCUCCUACGCGAUGUCGAGAAGACGACGCUCUCGUUCCCGUUCCCGUACUCGCUCCCGUUGCCGCUCUCAGUCCAAUUCCAGUCGCCGCAGUCGCACACAUGCAAAUGUUAAGAGAAUUGGGACACCGCCUGCCACACAGAAAACGUUUUGCCUUAGCACCACCACAACGACAUCGAGCACCAUUCUGACCACAACGUCCAGUGCUCAACUGCCAAUGAAGCAGCAGCAGCAACAGAAACCUAUUUCAAUUCCACAAGCGAUGCCAGCAGUGCCCAUGAUCAGUUAUCCGCUGUCAACCAGAGUACUUAGUAUGACAACAACAACAAUGCCAACGGUGAGCAGCUCAACUCCAGCGCUGCCACAAGUUACGGAGCCGCCACCGCCACCACUGAAGCGUUAUUAUGGACGCAAGCGUGGCAACGACACAUCAUCCUCGUCGGCUGAGAGCAGUGAACCAAGCGAUGCAGAGGAGGAGGCUGUCAAACAGUCUUCUGGGAAAUCUCUACGCAGCAGAGAACGCGAUGACUCGGAUGAAUUGGACGUGGAUACUGCCUCGGAGCGUUCGCAGCCGUUGUCAUCCAGCACGGGUAAUCAAACAGGCAAAUAUAGUUCUGCUACCGAAACCAAAGGAUCUGGUCAGUUAACUGCUGGUGGACGGCCCAAUCUGCGAGAGCGUCUUAAGCGCAAGAUGCAAAAUCUGCUCAACAGGCAAUAUAAAGCCGAUAAGCGUGCAGAGAUUGAGAAAACUGAAAGAGAGCGACAGCUACAGCAGGAGCGCGAGGAUGAGAUGCGAGAGUUGGCAUUAAAGUUGCGACGCAGGCGACGUGAGCUGCGACACAAGUAUGGAACGCCCUCCAGUGGCAAGCUGUCGGACAGUGAGGUGGAAUCAGGCGACUCGGAGGUGCCAAGUCGCAUAACAAAAUCAUCUGCCCGCCGUAGCAAAUCACGCAGUCGCAGUCCCAGUCAUAGUCGCAAUCGAAAGCAACGGUCACGUUCCCGCAGUCGGCGCAGCGUCAGUCGCGUGCAACGCAAGCGAAGAUCACGUAGUCCCAGUCGAAAUCGAAGGCAACGAUCCUCUUCCCGCAGUAGACGUAGCAAUAGUCGAAUCGAAAGAAAAAGGAGAUCACAUAGUCGGCGUCGAAGCGGAAGUCGGGAACGUAGACGAUCGCGCAGUCGACGUAGUCAAUCUCAAUCGCGCAGACGUCGGCAACGCGAGCGCAGCAUGGAGAGGAAUCGUGAGAGAGAGCGAUACAGACAACAACAAUACGAUCGCUCCUAUGGUAAUCGAGUGGAUGAGCAUGCCCAUGGCAGUAGCUCUGGUGGUGGUGGAAAUCGUGGAAGAGUCGUCAUAUCUGCACCGCCCAAGCUUAAGAAGCUGGUCGAUUAUUGACACGAUCAGCAUAUGCUUAUUUAAGAAUAGAAAGAAGUGACAUCUUAGCAUUCUUUGGUUAAACUCGAUUAUUGUUUAAUUGUUCUUAGACAACUUUUUCUAUUGUAACGUUAUUUGUGUUUAUCCACAAAUUAACUCAAACGAACGCUAUUCAAUAUACACAUUCUCUUGAGAGAAAUUGUAAAUGUGUUAAAAGUAUGUAAAAUUUUACUAUUGUUGGAUAAAAUUCGACCAAUAACGUCUCGUUAAUGUACUCCAUUCAUUUCUAGAUAAGAUUUGAUGACUGACAUAGGCAAGAACAUAAUUUAAUAUCUGAUGAGCUAAAAAAAACUUAAUGGUUAACUUUUUGGUAAAUAAAUUAAAACCCUUGUAA